AUGGGCAGAGAUGUGAACUGAUCAUCAAGCCAUGAUUUAGAGCCAUGACCACCUCUAGGAUAGCUAGUUAUGAUUAAGAUGAGGUGCAUGUGAUGCCCCUUUACCUUUUACAAACCACAUCUUCAAAGCAAGUUCAAUGAAGGAUAAAUGGACCUACCCCAAUUGCUUUCUUGACCUAGAAGACCCCCAUUAGAAAAAAGGAAAGCAAAGCGGAAAGGAGAAAAAAGCUACCGAGAAAAAUAAAAGGUUCAUCAAGAAAGCAGAGAAGAAGAUAUAUGGAAGAAGUGAAGGUGAUGAUGAUGGGCAGCCUACACCAUUCCAUGAAUGAAUCCAGUCCUCAAGACCCCAUCACCACCACCACUUGCACAAGCUGGAAAUUGUACGAGAAUCCAUUUUAUAAUUCACAACAUAAUAUCCAGCAUCAACACCAACAACAUUGUCAAAGUAACAAACAUCUUCAUCACCUACACCUCCCUCUUUCAGCUCGCAAGAUCGCAGCUUCUUUCUGGGAUCUCACCUUCUUUAGACCUAUCAUGGAUACCGAGCUCGAUUUCGCUCGAGCACAGAUCCUGGACUUGAAAGCUGAGCUUGAAUAUGAACGCAAGGCACGUAAGAAGUUGGAGACUAUGAGUAAGAGAUUGGCUAAAGAACUGGCUGAAGAGAGAAGAGGAAGAGAAGCACUUGAGAGAGUUUGUGAAGAGCUUGCUAGAGAAAUUUCUUGUGAUAAAGAUGAGAUUGAUCACAUGAAGAGAGAAAUGGAGGAGGAAAGAAAGAUGCUAAGAAUGGCUGAGGUAUUAAGAGAAGAAAGAGUUCAAAUGAAGCUCGCCGAGGCGAGAAUGCUCUUUGAAGAGAAGUUGUUAGAAUUGGGAGGAACAACUACACAGACAGAACGACAUCACAAUUCAGCUUCCAGGAUGGAACAGAAGUAUCAAGAAGAUAAAGAAGCUGAAAUAUCAACUCCUUUCAAGGCCGCAGCUAUUUUGCCAAGCAAGCUAAACAGGUUAGUUUUGAGUGAAAAAUCCUGUUACGACAACAGUGGUGCUGAUUCAAAGGAAUCAACAAGGGUGAUCUUGAGUGAAAUGUCAUCAUUCAAUGACAAAUCUCGUAGCAUUUCAUCAAUGGUAAUUCAGAGAAGUAGAGCGUCACCAGAGCCUGAGAAUCCUCACAUCAAGAGAGGGAUCAAAGGCUUUGUUGAAUUCCCAAGAGUGAUUCGAGCAAUAGGAUCCAAAAACAGGCAUUGGGGUACGAAGCUGGAGUGUCAAAAGGCACAGCUAAGGAUUCUUUUGAAACAAAAAAGCCCCAUCAGAUCCAACAAUCUUAUUAUUUCAUAAUUAAUUGUUCUUCACUUCUUUUUGUGCUUGAUUAAUUUUUUGUGCUCUCUUAAUCUGUAAUCACUGUCAAUUCUGUAUAUCUUCGUAAUUUUUGUUCCUUCAAAUGGGUUGCUACACACUAACAUGUAGUACCUCAUGUGUUUUUGUGGGCUUGUUAGUGUUGAGAGAGUGUGAUCAGUCCUGAUGAUGUACACAACAUGAGUUUUACUUUUGUGUCUAAUAAUACUUAAGCUCAUGAAAGUAGAAAAGGGUUGCUUUGGAUC